AUCGCGCCUAAAUAAUUACCGUUAACAACUUCAAAACUAGAAUUGGAACAUUAUGCACUAUUAACGUUAAGAAUUUCGAAAUUAUCGUACAAUUAAAUCAAAAUUAUAACCCCAAUCUCUCCUCCCCUGUUCUCGAACCCUAUAUAACCCUCUAUUGAACUCGUUCUUUCAUCAAACAAAAGAUCAAUCAGAGCCAUGACAAUGUCUAACGGCAUAACGGAGAAGAAAACGAAGGGUAGGCGGAAGAUCGAAAUUCAAAAGAUCGACAAGAAAACCAGUUUACAAGUUUCUUUCUCCAAGAGGCGGAAGGGUCUUUUCAAGAAGGCUGCGGAAACGCGCCUAUUGUGCGGCACAGAUGUAGCAAUCGUCAUUCAAUCUCCAGGUAACAAGUUUUUCACUUUUGGCGAACCCUCUGUGGAAUCCAUUUUGAAUCGAUGGCAGUUUGUUGAUGAUGCCCACAAUCCGGUGGUUGAAGAGAUGGGUAAAAGUGAGAGGGAAUUUUGGUGGGUCAAUGAAAACUUGGAAAGAAUGGAAUUGCGUGAACUCGGAUCGUUUGAGGAGAUACUGACCAGGCUAAGAGAUGACGUUUCGAAUCGUGCUUCCCACAAUCCGGUGGUUGAAGAGAUGGGUAAAACUGAGAGGGAAUUUUGUGGGUCAAUGAAAACUUGGAAAGAAUGGAAUUGCGUGAACUCGGAGCGUUUGAGGAGAUACUGACCGGGCUAAGAGAUGAAGUUUCGAAUCGUGCUUCCUACAAUCCGGUGGUUGAAGAGAUGGGUAAAACUGAGAGGGAAUUUUGUGGGUCAAUGAAAACUUGGAAAGAAUGGAAUUGCGUGAACUCGGAGUGUUUGAGGAGAUAGUGACCGGGCUAAGAGACGAGUUCUGAAUCUUGCUGCAGUUUCUUCCUAAAUUCAACUCCCCCGCCGGGAUUUGAAUGAUGCGGUUAUGAAUUUAGGGUUCUAGACAUGACACGAUAUCAUAGUACUUGCAGAAUUAGAUAUUAACUUUGAAUGUUGAUUGAUGUAAAAAUCAACUGUUCAUUAUUUUUUGAUAGAUCAGUUUUGAUGAUUCAGCAUUAA